AUGCCGGAUGUCCCGCUCGAUCGGGGCGUGUACAACUCCUUCUCAGAGACCUUCGAGAACGAUAAUGCCGACAUGAUGUACGGUCAGUCGUCCGAGAUCGACUGCUCCGUGGGCGAUGCCUCCAAGCUAGCGCAACAAGAGGACUGCUACGCAGCCCUUGCGACAGGCAUGAUGCAUCCAGUCGUGGGCCUCCUACAGGGAAGAAAAGGUGGACAAUGGUGGGCGUCGGUAAAUUUCACGCUCGACUCAGACGCUUCGCCAGAUGCUGACUUGACUGCAUACGAACAAGACUGGACGGAGGAUUGCCUUGUAGGUCUUACGGAAGCUCUGAAGGCUGCAUCGGGCAUCCUGAAUACUUGCAAGGCCCAGGAUAACGGCGGUGUGGGCGGUUCCCGAAAGAUCCGCAACGACGGAAAAUGCAAUGCGACGCUUCGCCUCGCCAACACUGAGGGCAGAGAACCACCGCAGGACAUGAGUCCUUUGGUUCCUAGGCAUUGA